GCUUUGACACAAACGAGAUGCAUUGGGAUCGCGGCUCACAAAGGUCGUAUGCUGCUUGUCAAGGAUCACAUUGUGAAUACGACGCACAAGCAUUCCCCGUCCGUACAAAAUUUCCGGAAACGUGGAUAUGGUCAAACCUGACUACCAGCUCUUCUGGAGUUGCGACGUUGACAAUGGAAGUUCCGGACACCAUUACAGACUGGGUGGCGACUGGAUUCGCCCUCAACCGAGACUCGGGCAUUGGCGUAGCCUCGCAGCCUGCAAAUGUGACGACGUAUCUGCCGUUCUUUGUGAGUCUCCACCUGCCGUUCUCUAUCGUCUCCCAGGAGAUGGCUGUCAUUCAAGCCGUGGUUUUUAACUACUACCCUCACGAUCUAUAUGCGAACGUGAAACUGAAGACGUCGAAAGAUGCAUUCACAAGCAUGGAAGUGAAUAAGUAUGGCGAAGAGGAGGAGGUGAAAGAAGAUAUUGAGAAAUGCAUACUUGUUCGUUCUAACGACGCGAGUUCUGCAUACUUCGUGAUCAAACCUCAGACGAUCGGAACAAUCAACCUCGAGGUCGAGGCUACCUCCAACAUGGGACGCGACACAGUUAGGAGGUCAAUAGUUGUCAAGCCUCCGGGUAUUGAAAAAGAGGAGAAUGUAGCAGCCUUGAUUUCCCUGAAAUCCGGAGCUAAAUUUGAGAAAGAGAUUCCAAUCAUGUACCCGCCGCGUAUUGUGCCUGGGUCUGAAAGAGUUCAAGUCACUGUUAUCGGCGACCUUUUCGGACCGUCCCUGGAACAUCUGGACAGGUUGUUGCAAAUUCCGCACGGGUGUGGAGAACAGAACAUGGUCAGAUUCGCACCUGCCAUCGCAGCCGCUGUGUACCUAAACGCCACUGGGAGAUAUGACCAGAAGGUUGAGAAAAGGAUACAGCACAUUAUGGAGACUGGUUACCAAAGACAGUUAACAUACCAGCACCCCUCUGGAGGAUUCAGGGCCUUUAAUCAUCGUGAAGAAAUGGGGAGUCUUUGGCUGACGGCCUUUGUACUUCGGUCGUUUGCACAAGCCAACGAGUUUACGUACAUUGAUCCAGCGGUUGUUGAGCGGGGUGUUCGAUUUAUUUUAAAUAACCAACGCAAGGAAGGAUCCUUUAAUUCGACCGGUUUCGUUCAUAACAAAGCCAUGCAGGGUAGUUCGGUCUCAUCAAGCAAAGCACUGGCGGCCUACGUUCUGAUUGCUCUCCGAGAAGUACUGGAUGCUGAAAUCAUGACAAAUCAGACACAUAUCACAGAGUUACGUGACGCCUUACUGUCAACUUGGUCCUUCAUAUCGAAAGCCGCUCCCCAGAUGACCGAGGAAUACGAGAUGGCAAUUACAGCGUAUGCUUUAGUGCGCAUGCGCAAAGGAGGGGAGGAAGCCGUUCUUGACAGAUUGUCCAAGAGUUUUGACAGAAAGAGCAAUGACGGUCUUGUAUAUUGGCGUCAGUCAACCAAGAGUCAAGAAGUCGAAGUUGCGGCGUACGUUCUUCUUACAUACGCACUAAGGCGGGACACAGAGAAAGGACUUCCUAUUCUGAGAUGGAUCAUCAAACAGAGAUCCCCGUAUGGAGGCUACUUCUCCACCCAGGAUACGGUGAUCGCGCUAGAGGGUCUGAGCGAGUUUGCUGCCCAACUGUACACAACGAACGUCAAUUUGAACAUAACUGUGAGUCAAGCGUAUGACUCAGACGAACUCCUAGUGACUCCAGAAAGUAUGGAUGUGCUGCAGAUUCAAGAGAUAGCUCCAGAAACCCGCUCUGUGCAUGUAGCAGCUGUAGGAAAUGGUAUGGCUUUAGUUGAGGUGAGCACCUUUUAUAACCUUCUGAACGAGGACAAAACGCCCAACUUUGAAGUCCGUGUCUCCACCAACGCCUCCGACACAAGAAAGUUCAACUUGGAAGCUUGCGCGAGAUGGACGGGCAAGGAAGACAGUGGGAUGGUGUUAAUAGAGAUUGCGUUCCCUUCGGGAUACGAACCUGUCCCUAUCCAUUCCCAGACUCAACCGAUCGGUGACAAAUAUGUCUCUACAAAACGCCGUGAAAUGGAUGAAGGCCAUCUCGUCCUCUAUUACUCUAAGAUGGUGGACUCUUGGCACUGUUAUCGCGUGGAAGUGCAGAAAGCCAACACGGUAGUGAAGCCCCAACCUGUCCCCGUCACUGUCUUCUCCUAUUAUGAUCCGGAUAUGAGCGCGACAACGUUCUACUUGCCGGAUGUGCUCAAGAAAGGCGCCAUCUGUGACUUCUGCGGUGUUGAGUGCGGAUGUGGCUUCGACCCGGAUGCCGUACCUAAGGAACGCUGUAUGUCUGGGUCAAUGAUGAUAUACCCGCAAGCGUACCCGCGCCCCGUCAUGGAGGUGAAUAAGACUCCCUACCCCGGAAGAACCAUACAGAACAUAACCACAUUCGAGGCUUCCAUGCAGCGGCUGCGACCCAACAAGUGGCGCCGAGGACAAACAAUCCCUGUCAUCACACGUACAGGCCAACUUCCGGUGUCGGUUUCCCGUAAAGAGACGUACAGAGGUGGAAACGCCGGUACUGGUGGCUUGAUGUACCCAAUGCCGUCCGCUAAUUACAUGAAACGUCAGAGCAUCAGAACUGUCGGAAAGGAAGUGCCCAUUUAUUCUCCAGGAGUAUCGCACACACGGACAAUCACACGAACCGGAAGUUCGUUGCCAAUCUACUCGCCGACAGUGUCGCGGACUCGGACAAUAUCGAGAACCGGAAGUCACGUCCCAAUUUAUUCUCCCACUGUGUCCCGAAGACGGACAGUAUCGUCUAGACGAUCAACUGAGUCUAACAUGUACCCUGUCAUCUCUUACGGAAAGCAAACCAAUGUCGGGGGAUAAUGAUCGACUCAAUACUAACAGUAGUUUUAUAGACACAUCGUAUUUGUACACAUGUAUAAAAUGUAUUUGUAUAUAUGCAUCUGUAAUUAAUUUAUUUAUUUAGUAUAGUUUACAUUCCCUAACUUCUAGUGCAUUGCUUGAUCCACCUCUUCGAGUGAAAAGUGGGAACGGGGUGCGAUCAGUAUAAUUAUACGGGUUGAUGAUUUGGGAGAUAGUAUAAUAAAUAAAUAAGGGUUGAUGGGCCUGCGAGCAGUAGCAUAAUCUUAACCGUUGAUCGGCAGUAUAAUUUUUCAAAAAAAUCGAGUACAGGUUGUUUAUUAUUUAAAAUACAAAAAUGAACAUAUUUUCGUACAUACACAUACACAUUAGUCUGUCUGUGAGGUAUCUACUAGUAUUUGCUGAACAGUUCCAUGUAAAAUUAUUUCUAAUCUCCAGCCCAUGAACACUUAUAAUUAUAAUACGAUUCCCCACCCAACCAACCCUUAUUAUUCUACUACUAUUUCCCAUUCCAUAUUUUUAAAGCGUUAUAAAAAUAAUAAUAAUCCCCAGCCCAUCAACCGUUAUAGUUAUGCUAUUAUUCCUUAGCCCAUCAACCCUUAUAAUUGUACUCAUAUUAUAUAACUAUACGGUCCCAUUCUCAAGCCCAUCAACCAAGUAUUCUUCUAUACCCCAGUCAAAUCAACCGUUAUAAUAGUACAUAUAUUCUUAAGCCCAACAACCCUUAUAAUUGUACUAUGAUUAUCCAGCCCAUCAACCCUCAUAAUUGUUAAGAGGUAAAUACUUGACGGGGCCGCGGGCGGUAGCAUGAUAACUGGCCCGAGGGUCUCAACGGCCAGCGACGUAGCCGAGGGACGUUAUGAGCCCGGGACCAAUUAUCAGGCAACGGCCCGGCUCCGCGAUGUAUCAAACUCUUUAAUAGUUCUGGCUUCCAUAACUUUAAUGUUGAUAUUUUUUUUUGAUGUUUACAACACAUUAAAUAACACGUCCAAAAAGAUAAUAUAUAACGUGUUCGCUGAAGUUCUUUAGCUACCUCUUUAAUAUGUGUUUUCUCUUUUGUAAAGUAACUAUAUUCUUCUUUAUGUUUACAUUCAAUCCAGUUGUACGAUAUACACUUACACUCAAAUUUAAUUUAUUUUUUGAUAGUAAGCCAAUUUGGGAAAAAACAACAACAUAUUGUUUCCAAAUCAUUUUCCCACCAAUUUAAAGUUUUCAGCAGCAUGUGUAUCCGAAUUUGUUAGGUACGAAUCACUGACAAUCAGUGACAUCUUCCUUUUUAUGUUUUGAAUUUCACAAUUUAGUUUAAUAAAAAAAAAACGUAGCAAGAACAACUUUCUAUGCUAAAAGUUAAAACAAUUACCUCGUCUUGAUGUGAACAUGUUUGUACAGAAUUGUUGUUUUCAUGUUAAUACAAUUUGACCGCUU